AUAUAUAUAUAUACAACUGAAGAUGUCUGGACGUGGUAAAGGAGGAAAGGCGAAGAGUGGCAAGAGCCAAACCCGCUCAUCCAGGGCUGGUCUACAGUUUCCUGUAGGCCGUAUCCACAGAUUUCUGAGAAAGGGGAACUACUCUAACCGUGUCGGUGCCGGAGCUCCCGUUUACCUGGCCGCUGUGAUGGAAUACUUGACCGCUGAGGUGUUGGAGCUGGCUGGAAACGCUGCCCGAGACAACAAAAGGAGGACCAUCAUCCCUCGUCACCUGCUGCUGGCCGUUCGCAACGACGAGGAGCUGAACAGCCUGCUGUCCGGAGUGGCCAUCGCCAAAGGAGGAGUUCUGCCAAACAUCCAGUCUGUUCUUCUGCCUAAGAAGUCCAAGAAAUCUCAAAAUGAUGACAGAAUACAUGAACAAGUUGCCAGUUAUUGGCACAGAAUAUCGAAGGAGCAACUAUCCGCCACCGGCAAGACAAGUUUCUAAAUUGACUAAAGACCAGCAAAUUUCCAACACGGGUGUAAAGCUUUCCUUUUGUCUUCCACCGGUGGCCAAACCAAGAAGAAAUGAAGACUUCAGACAGAAGACCUUCGACGUCAAACAUGACAUAGUUGACACAACUAUCAGCCUUCCGAGAACCCAUGUCACAUCAAAAGCCUCAAUGCAGCAGACAGCUAAAGCCCAGCAAACUUUCAACAUGGAUUUACUUCCACUUCGUCUCCCACCGCUGGCCAACCAAGGAAGAAAUGGAGAGCUCAGACAGAAAAUCUUUAACGUCAGACAUAACCUAGUUAACACGAAGUUCACCCUGCCGAAAAUCCAUGCUACACUAAAACCCGCCACACCCAUCACGCAAGAGCAGAAAGGAAAUAUCAACGCCUCUAGGGAAGAACUAAAACUGAAACUAGCAGAAAAACUUCUUCGUGAAACUGAGAGAGCAGCAGAGUUAAGAUAUCAUCAGAUGGAGG